CUUCAAUCGCCACAACACAUAUCCACCUCAUAUAAGGCACUUUAAGAUGGGUAACGACGGAGGCAGUAUUCCAACACGACGAGAGCUCGUCAAGAAUGCGGCGCGCGACCCGACCACCACUGACGCGAAGGCGACACAGCUCGAAUCGCAAACUCACGCUUGGACAUAUUGUCCUCUUUCCCAACGACCUUUGUCUACCCCUAUAGUCUCAGAUUGCGCCGGUACUUUAUAUAAUAAAGAUGCAAUUAUAGAACACCUAUUACCCAGCGACGACUCUUCACCAGAAUCAAAGAGCGACCAUGAGAAGGUUCUUAAAGGGCGCGUAAAAUCGAUGCGAGAUGUCGUCGAAGUCAAAUUCCAAACCGCGAAGGACGAGGUGGCAAAAUCAGAGAUACGACUAUGCCCUAUUACAAGCAAAGAGUUAGGCCCAACAACAAAAUCUGUGUAUCUUGUACCUUGCGGACAUGCAUUUGCGGAGGUGGCAACCAGAGAGGUGGCGGGAGUGGCCUGCAUGGAGUGCAAUGAGCCGUACGUUUCAGAGAACAUUAUCACAAUACUACCCACCACAAAAGAAGAUAUUGGAAGGCUUGACGAGCGCAUCAAGAGCUUAAGAGACUCGGGUCUGACGCAUUCAUUAAAAAAGGCUCCGGGGUCAAAAAAGAGGAAGAAGCACACAGAGAUGGAGACUAAAGAAACAAUUGAGAGGCCAAACGAGGAUAACGGAAUCAAAUUUAAGGAUGGCGUACAGUCAAAGAUACGGGCAGGAACACCACAUGAUGUCUCUUCAACUUUACAACUUAAGAACGGCUCCUCGGCUUCAGCUGGCAGGAUAAAAAAUGCCGCAACUGCAAGUCUCACCGCAAAGGUUCUAGACGAGCAAGGAGAAAGGAACAAGCGGAGAAAGCUUGGACUAAACGAUAAUUUGAAGAGUUUGUUUUCAAUUAGCGGGCCUAGCGAACUCAAGGGCGCUGGGGAUUUUAUGACUAGAGGAUAUUCAGUACCGAAGAGGACAUAGGUGUUUGAAUGACUUUAAUAUUAUAAGACAAGUCUUAUGCUUUAUUUCUGCCCCCAUUUUUUAUCGAUACAAGUCUGAGCAAAGAAUUGGCCUCAUAAGCAUUCUCGAUCGACCUUAUCCCACUCCAGUUCCCACACAUUCUGAUUUCGUGUUUUAGCCUACAGGACAAUGGUUUCUCUAUGUCGCCCAUAAACCGCGCGGAGGCUCCUGCGGAGCUCCCAAAAAAAUAUCCACAUGAACCGUGGUCCAUACCGUGCGCAGUUCCAAAUAGCAAUAGCAACCUUUUUGAGAAAUGGCCCUCUUCGACCUGCGAAAGUAGCGACUACUUCAACUAUUACCACCACCAGAAUCUGUUCAAUUCUUGCCAGAAACCGGUUCCACUUCCUACAUGCCCAGAGAAGGUAAUAAAAAAGGCGGGUGCAACAGAAUUUCAACACUAUUUCGGGGAUAGCGCAAAGAACCUCCCUGAACUCUCUGGAAUCUCUGCUUCUUGGUCCGUAAAUCGUAUUCAACAACCAGAAAGCCCAAAUAUGCUUAAUGCACCAUUCAGGCUCCCCGACCUCUCCCCAUCCUAUCAAGGUCCAGGCAACUGGUGGUGGCACAGGUAAAUCUGACGGAGUCACUGGUGGUCCUGGUUGCUCAAGCGGUGAGGCUAUCGUUUCCAGGUUGCUCACAACCGCCGCGGUAGUAUCAUUGGCGAGGAACAGCUUCUGCCAUAUGCGCUGUGCAUAGCUACUGACGA